CAGAUUGACAUGAAGUCUGGAAAGCUACCAGGAAGGGAGACAGAUGCACGGUUGUGAUGACUGGUCAGAGUGGCUAGUAGAACUCCCCAGAAAAGGAAAAGGGAGCAGCAGCAAAUAGCAUUGGUAACAACAGCCACCUCAGUGCAACUCAGCCUUGCAGACGGAUGGUCACGGCUGUUGCAAAGGACAGUCAGCAGAAUACUGUCUUCUGUGCUCUUAGGAGAUAGAGCUGCAUCUCCAGUGGAAAAGUGAACUCAAAAAGUGAACACCUUGGUCUACUGGUGAUCACCUUUCAAAUUCAAUGGAGGAAAUGGAAACCAAGCUCUGCAGCCCUGACAAAGAAGCAGCUUUCAAAAGAGAACCACCAUACUGCAUAGGAGAAAUAGACUUCACAGCUUCUGGGAAGAAACGUGGAAAGUUUAUUAAGGUCCCAAGUACCAUUCAUCCUGGAAUUAUAUUCGAAGUUAUGCUCAACAAAUGGAAGCUACCAGCUCCCAAUUUGGUUGUCUCGUUAGUAGGGGAAGAAGAAAAUUUCCAGAUGAAGCCUUGGCUACGGGACACCUUAAAAAAAGGACUUAUAAAGGCCGCUCAAAGCACAGGUGCCUGGAUAUUUACCAGUGCUUUACGUGUAGGAAUAACAAGACACUUAGUGCAAGCAGUCCGAGAUCACGCACUGGCUAGUACUUCAUCCAAAGUAAGAGUGAUUACCAUAGGAAUAACUUCACUCAGAAAAACUCAGCACAGAGAAAUUCUGGACAACACAAAGAAUGAAAGUCUUGUACGCUAUGAAUCAGAUGAUAAUAUCCAAGGCCCACUGUAUUCCUUGGACCACAACCAUUCCCAUUUUAUUUUGGUGGAUCACAUAACACCAGAUGAGCCAGAUGGAACCACUAAGCUACGUCUCACCUUGGAAAAGCAUAUUUCAGAACAGCGUACUGGAUAUGGUGGAACAGGUAGCAUUGAGAUCCCGGUGCUUUGCUUACUGGUAAAUGGAGGACCAGGCACACUUGAGAGAAUUUGCAGCGGUUUGGAAAAUUCUGCUCCCUGGCUUAUCUUAGCAGGGUCUGGAGGUACAGCCGACGUCUUAGCUGCAUUUGUGAAUGACCCACAGCUUAUCAUGCCAGAAGCUGUUGAAAAGCAAUUUAAGGAGAAAUUCCCUGCAGAAAGGUUCUUGUGGAAGGACAUUCUUCAAUGGACAGCAACAAUUCAGAACAUUGUUUCACACCAACAUCUUCUAACUCUGCACAACUUUGAGCAAGAUGGUUCAGAAGAACUAGACACAGUCAUUUUAAAAGCUUUAGUAAAAGCCUGUAAAAGUCACAGUCAGGAUGCUCAGGAAUAUCUGGAUGAACUGAAGCUGGCAGUGGCCUGGAAUAGAGUGGACAUAGCUAAAAGUGAAAUUUUCAAUGGUGACGUGGAAUGGAAGUCCUGUGACCUGGAAGAAGUGAUGAUGGAUGCUCUGGUCAAUGACAAGCCAGAAUUUGUAAAAUUAUUUGUUGACAAUGGGGCUAACAUAUCUGAAUUCCUGACAUAUAGUCGUCUGCAGAGACUCUACUGUUCCAUUUCUCAGAAGUGUCUCCUCUAUGAACUUCUACUGAAGAAACAUGAAGAAAGCAAGCGAACUUUGGCAGGGCUCACUGGUCAACAGCAUAAGGAACAGAAGGAGAUCAGCCCACUCUUCACUCUCGGUGAGGUCUCUAGAGUUCUCAAGGAUUUUCUCCAUGAUGCAUGCAAAGGUUUCUAUCAAGACCUUAGACAUGGAGGCAAGAAGAAAUACGAUAAAAUGAAUACAAAGCAAGUACCUGGGCCCUUGGAUAUGAACCAGAAAAGCGAAAAUCCUUGGAGAGAUUUGUUUGUAUGGGCAGUACUUCAAAACCGGCACAAGAUGGCAAACUAUUUCUGGGCUAUGGGUCAGGAGGGUGUAGCUUCAGCUCUGGCAGCCUGCAAGAUCCUUAAAGAGAUGUCCCGCCUGGAGACGGAAACCGAAGUAGCACGUAUAAUGAAAGAGGCCAAGUAUGAGCAGCUCGCUGUUGAACUGUUUAGUGAAUGCUACCACAAUAGCGAGGAGAGAGCGUUUGCUCUGUUGGUGAGGAAAAAUCAGUACUGGAGCAAAACCACCUGCCUUCAGCUGGCUACAGAAGCGGAGGCAAGGUCUUUCUUUGCACAUGAUGGUGUCCAGGCCUUCCUGACGAAAAUAUGGUGGGGAGACAUGUCUACAAGCACACAGAUUCUGAAGUUAAUCUGUGGAUUCUGGUGUCCUUUCCUAAUUUACACAAAUUUAAUAGCAUUCAGUGAGGAAAAACAAUCAAAGAAUGAGUCAGAGCCAUUUAGAGAUCUGGACAGUUUAGAUACAGAGAGGACUCCGUUUUUUUCCAAGGAAGAAGACAGAGGAAAUGGUAAAAUGGAAAAGCAAAACCCUUCUGAAAACACAGCGUGGGCGACAUUCAUGUUUACUCGGUGGAGAAAAUUCUGGAGUGCCCCUGUAACUGUAUUUGUGGGGAAUGUUAUAAUGUACUUUGCUUUUCUGUUUCUAUUUACUUACGUCCUUUUACUGGACUUCAAACCACCUCCACCUGAGGGUCCAUCUGCUAAAGAAUUUAUACUUUACUUCUGGGUUUUUACCCUGGUCUUGGAAGAAAUCCGACAGAGUUUCUAUACAGAUGAAGACACAAAUUUAAGGAAAAAAUUUAAGCUGUAUGUGGAGGAUAACUGGAAUAAAUGUGAUAUGGUGACCAUCUUCCUCUUCAUAAUCGGGGUAACCUGCAGAAUGCUGAACUCAACUUUUCAAGCUGGCCGUACAAUACUUGCCAUUGAUUUUAUGGUGUUUACACUUAGACUUAUACAUAUUUUUGCAAUUCACAAACAACUUGGACCAAAGAUCAUAAUUGUGGAAAGGAUGAUGAAGGAUGUUUUCUUCUUUCUGUUUUUCUUGAGUGUGUGGCUCAUUGCCUAUGGUGUGACAACUCAAGCUCUACUUCAUCCUGAUGACAGCCGAGCGGAAUGGAUAUUCAGGAGGGUGCUUUAUCGUCCCUACCUUCAGAUAUUUGGCCAGAUUCCACUGGAUGAAAUAGACACAUCUCGGAUGUAUCCCAGGAACUGUACAGUUAAUCCACUGCAGAUUCUGCAGGAGAACUCGCCAUCAUGUCCUAAUAGCUAUGCCAACUGGGUCGUCAUACUUCUGUUGGUCAUCUUCCUGCUAGUCACAAAUGUUCUCCUUAUGAAUCUCCUGAUUGCUAUGUUCAGCUACACUUUUCAAGUUGUUCAGGGCAAUGCAGACAUCUUUUGGAAAAUUCAGCGCUACAACCUGAUUGUUGAAUAUCACGGCCGGCCUGCCUUAGCACCACCAUUUAUCAUUAUUAACCACAUAACUCUGGUUCUCAGAAGAAUCUUCAACAAAACGCAACAUAAAAAAGAACAUCUGGAAAGAGAUCUUCCCGUUGGCCUAGAUCAAAAAAUCAUAACAUGGGAGCUGGUGCAAAAAGAGAAUUAUCUUGUAAACCUUGAACAAGAGAGGAAAGAAAGCAAUGAAGAAAGGCUGAAGGCCACAUCUAAUAAGGUGGAUAAUUUGUCUAAAUAUUUUAGUGGAUUGAAAGAACAAGAAAAGCGGUUUAAAGUUAUGGAAGCCCAGAUUUGCUACUGUACAGCUGUUAUCUCCUCAAUGGCAGAGCUUUUAACAAAAACCAACCUCUUGUGCAACCAACCAGCUCCAAGCUAUACAUGUGUGACGAAUGCCAAUACAGAAGUGCCUUUGCCAGAAAGAAGUGAAAGAGAAGAGCGCACAAAUCAGUCCGAGACUGACAUCACAUACAUCGAUAACUGAAUUCUACUCUUAUUUCUUCAAAUUAAACCUUUUGUCCUACUGACCUACUGUAGAAGUAAAAUCCUAAUUACACGAAGGCCUCAGGCCCAGCUCUCAAAACUUUAUGCCAACCACUGUCAAUGUUUGACACUACUCAGGAUUUCUUAUUUUUCCUCCUUCAAUUUCUUGGGCUUUCUUCCCUCCUGCUCCUGUAUUGCUUGGUCCAUUCUCCAAAACUCCAUUCCACAAAUCGCACUAAAAACUUUCUCCUCCAGGAUGACUCCACCACCUUAUUUUCUAAAUACGAUCUGCCUUCUGUUCUCCAAAUAGCAUCCCCUCAAUCCAACGUCAUCAUUGCUAAUUUACACAUUUCUCUGUUAGAGGGAGUCUCCCUUUUGAAGGGUGAUCGUUUACGCACUAAAAAUCAAGACGCUUCCUUGGCCAAGAAAGCAAGCUCGCAUUUCUGAGUUGCUGAGAAAGGAAAUCAAGCAAUAGUUUCCACAGGAAAGGGCCUGGGAUACUGAACUAUUACAGUCCUGAAGUUCUUAAAACCCUCAAAUGAUUGCACUCACCGUCUUCUCUUCCCACGCUGGCUUCUGUGAGGUAUUCCUUUGCCAGUGUUCCUUAUUGAGGGCUCCUCACUCGUCCCCAGAAAGGGGAAUCUCAUCGCACAGUCCUCGAACGCGCGGUGGCUUGCAGUCGCUUUCCAAACACGAAGCAGGUGGCCCUCCCGCAGCCAGACCCCCAGCCUCUACUGCUUGUGUUUUCGCUUUGAUGCCAAAUUGUAGCUGCUGUCAGCUUGCUGCUAUUAAAGGAGACUUUGCCUUUACGUAUCACACCACACGGAACACUGCCUCUACACCUGAGUGGAUUUCUGAUUUCAUUUCACUCUUCUCUCUCAAAGGUCAGGGAGAAAAAAAAAUUACUCAGAAUUUUAAAGCAAGAAUCUGUAGCAAAAAAUUUCCUACAAACUAGGAAUUUGUGUGACUUUUUUCAUUACUUAAACUGGCAUGUACGUUUUUAGCAUACAAAAGUUAGUUGGCUUUAUUAGAAUUUUAUAUGAAAAGAUACACCAAUAAAACAAAUAUUACUACCAUCCUUUAAAGGGAAAUUUCUUUGGAAUAAUAUAAACAGCAUCAGAAGGGGGAAGUAUUGGGUUGUGGUCCUUCUUAGAUAAACUUCAAGUGAACUUAAUUUCCUCAUGCACGUAACACUGCUUCUAUGCAACAUAAACACAGGUUGUGCAAAAGCCUUCUCUGUUACCAGAGGCAGAAAAAAAAUAUUUCAGAGCUGAUAAAAACACCUUUCUGACAUGAGUCAUUUAUUAAUAGCUAUUAAACUUGUUAUGAUUUCUUCAUAAAAUAGGCAUCUGUCCAGUUUAUUCAGCUGUGCCCCAGACCUCAGCAACCUAAUUAACAGUGAUGGAAUUUUGGUACUGUCCUACCUGUUCUUCACCCUAGGCAAGCAGAAGGUAUAAAACCACUACAUUUGUACCAAGCUACACUUUUUGUUAGGAAAUAAUGCAUAUCUUACAGCCAGCAUGCCCUGCUCUGGCAGCAGCUUCCAUUCUGAAAUGGCUUCAAUUUUAAUUGUGUUCAGCACAUUAAUUAUCCACUGGAAACCAAAAUCUAUCUAUCAUCUGGAAAUGUUGUCAUGUCCCACACACAUGCACUGGAACUCCAGAUUUAUUUAGC